AUGAAGUUACCAACUGUCGCACUGGGCUUACUCUUGACCGGGAUCUCUCUGGCCAAACAACAUGGCUUCCUGAAGGACAACGGAGAUGGAACUUGGAUCAUCGGAAAUGAUGUAUGGAAUAUGACUCAAGAAAAGAUCUAUGGCUCCAAGCUAUACUACAAAGAUCAAGAACUCGUUGGUGAAGCUACUGGCCACUACGUCAGCUACAAUGGAGCAGCCAGCAAUCUCGCCUGGACAGAUGCAAACAUCGUCAAAACUGGAAGCAACUACAUCGACAUUCAAUUCGAUGCCGCAGAAGGAGAAAUGCAUUGGGUCAUUUUCAACGGUCUUGCUGGCGCCUAUCAGUAUUUCGUCAACCGUGCUUUACCUGUUCUAGGGGAAUUCAGAACACUAUGGCGACUCGACAACGAGACUUUUACAAGUGCUUACAACGCAGAUAAGGAUGGAGUGUUGCCGCCAUUGUCUGAGUAUGCGGUUUCGACGAAGAUUCAGGAUGAAACUUGGAAGACACCUGACGAAGGAUAUUUGACUAAGUACGACUGGUCUGGAUUUGUUAGAGAACAAGAAUACUGGGGUGUAUAUGGUGAAAAUUUUGGGAGUUGGUAUUUGAAACAGCAUCCUGGCAAGGACUACUUCAAUGGCGAUCACCUGAAGCAGGAACUCAUGAACCACCGCGAAUCAGCAACGGGUGAUGUCGUCCAACUCAACAUGAUCCACGGAACCCACUUCCAAGCCCUCUCCAACGAUACCCUUCCAAAUGGAAAGAUAUGGGGCCCUUGGCUUUGGUACCUCAACAACGGUAUAAAAUCCGACGUUUCCCUCCGCUACAACAACGAAGUUAACAGCUGGCCCUACAAAUGGCUAUCCGAUGCCUCCUACCGAUCCCGUAUUGCCUCCGUAACCGGCAAACUAGUCCUCUCAGACGGCAGACCUGCAGCAGGUGCCGCCGUAUUUCUCGGUGACAAUCAUCCGAACAAGACUACGUUGGAUAUGGGAAGCACAUACUACUAUACCACCUACGCAGACAAUGAUGGCUCCUUCCGUUUUACGGAUGUCAGAACAGGUGUCUACGCCCUCCAAGCCUGGUCAAACGGCAGUCCCAUUGGUGAUAUCACAACCACAUACCUCAAGAACGACAUCAACGUUUCUGGCCCUGCGACCAGUAAACUCCGCUUGGAUAAACUAACCUGGUCUGUCCCUGCUUCAGACACCGUUUUCCAGAUCGGCGACUUUGACAGAAAAUCAACUGGAUUCGCCUACUCGGGAGGUUUUGGUGCAGGCAGAGUAGACAAUUGUCCUGCAAACCUCACUUACGCAGUCGGCAGCAGUGAAACCAGCGACUGGUGUUUUGCUCAAAACAAGAUUGGCACAUUUCGCAUCGCUUUCCCUCUGCCUGCCUCCAAUAUCACUUCCAACAACACCUCAGAUGCUUUACUCACCGUCAGUCUAGCAGGCUACAGUCAAGGUACCACCGUCAACAUCUUCUGCAAUGAUGUGAGGAUUGGCAACUUGAGUAGUAGUGGUAUACUGUCAGAUCCUAGCUUGUAUCGAUCAGGCACGGUGGCUGGAGAGUGGCAUCAGUUCGAGUUUCCCAUCAAUGGGAGUAGGUUGAAGACGAGUAACACGAUUGAUUUCAGGGUUGCAAGUUUGUCGUCGAGUUUGUGGAGGGGACCGAUAUAUGAUGCUAUCAAGUUGGAGUGGAUUUAG